UAUGAACGCGUCGAACCAAGGAUUAGGGUUUAUUUCAUGUGAAAAGUUUUUCCAGAAUCCAAAUACUGGCAAAAUUUAGAAACUAUUUUACAACUAGACAUCAUUAGAAAAAUGGAGAAGUCGUUUUUUCAUUUCUCAGCAAUUUUUGAACGCUGAGGUCCAAUUUGUACAUCAGCUUGACUGUUGGAAGUUCUAGUGGCUACUGCACCACAGGCAGCAUUUUGUUUUUUCUAUUUCUUUUGUCACUAAUUUUGGCUGUCGUUUCCAUUUUUAUUUUAAAAAUAAAAUAUAAAAAUCCAGAAGCUUAACCGAGGACGAAGCUCAUGGCGGGAGCUGCCGUCAUACUCCCAAUAUCACCACCAUCUCCCAUCAAAUUAUCAUUAACAACUUCAUCAUCUUCUCUUUCUCCAAUUUGUCACCCAUUACCUCUCCCUUUGCUUCUUCACAGAAACCCUAAAUUGACCAUUUGCCAUGCCAAGUUUGGUGGAUCGUUUGGAGAAGCAGCAGAGAGGAUGUACCGAAUGAAUUUUGAAGGAGAUGAAUUGGUAGAGGAAGAGGAUGAAGAAGAUAGCGAUGAGGAAGAGGAGACAGAGAGCAGUUUGGAUUUGCUAAUGAGGUUAGUGGGGAGCAUGUUCAAGAAGGUUUCAAAGCGUGCUAGGAAAGCUACUCGUUCUAUACUGCCUGACGUCAUUCCUCCACAGCUUGUUUCUUUUGCGGUUGAUGGAGUUCUAAUUUUGGCUUCACUCUCCAUCUUGAAGGCAUUUCUUGAGGUGAUCUGCGCACUUGGUGGUGCUGUCUUUGUAGCAAUUUUGUCAUUACGCGUGCUCUGGUCAGCUGUUUCCUACUUUCAGUCUACUAGCUCAAGUUUUAACAACGGCGGGAGUUCAUAUGGCAGAACACAACCCGCUGCAUGAUUGAGCCUAGCCACAUACCUUUCAUCUGGUUAUUCAUUAACAGUACAACACUAAUUCUUAAAACAACAAAAACUGUUAUUAGCAGUAGAAUGUUGUGCAAGUAAUAGUAACUUAAUUUGGCAAUGUGAAUUUUACAUGUUGGAAGAUUUUGGCAGCUUCUACAGGGAGUUGAUUCUUUUUCUGCUUGGACUUUGCACAUAUUUUCAAAUGACCAUGAAAUGACACAGAUGAUGAAGCUUUGUGGGUUU